ACUCUCACAAAUCACAAUGGAUCCCUGCCCUUUCCUGCGGAUUGUCAUCGCCAAUUUGGCCCUCAAAUUCCCCCCCAACUCACACCCCCCUUCCUCCUCCCACUACUGCAAAAUCAAAUUCGAAGGCUUCCCCACUCAAUUCGCCGACGUCUCGCUCCACGCCGACGCCCUCGACAGCAGAGUCCACGGCUGUUUCCUCUUCAGCAAGCCGGAGCUCGAGAAAUUAGCGGCCAAAUCGACCAGAUUCUCGUCUCUGAAGAUCGAGAUUCACCGGCGGGGCGGCCGAGGCUGCGGAUUCGGCAAGCUGCUUGGCUAUGCGGUGGUGCACUUGGAUUUGAGGGGUAUUCUCGAGGAUAUGGGCAAAUGCGUCAUCCAAAACGGGUGGGUCGCGGUCGGCGGGUCGGGUGUCAAGUUGCACCUCAAUGUGCGGGCCGAGCCCGACCCCAGAUUUGUCUUCUUGUUCGACGGAGAGCCCGAGUGCAGCCCGCAGGUUUUUCAGGUCAAUGGGAAUGUUAAACAGCCGGUUUUUACUUGCAAGUUCGGUUUGAGGAAUGCUACCGAGAGAUCUAGGUCUUCACUAUCAGAACCAAGCACCUCAGCAAGCUGCUUCGGCUCCGGCGGAAAGGGACAUCCCAUAAAAGAGAGAAAAGGAUGGUCCAUCACCAUCCACGACUUGUCCGGAUUCCCGGUUGCCGCAGCCUCAAUGGUGACGCCGUUCGUGCCAUCACCGGGAACAGACAGAGUGAGCCGGUCCAACCCUGGGGCGUGGCUGAUCCUGAGGCCGGGGCACAGCACGUGGAGGCCGUGGGGGCGGCUCGAGGCGUGGAGUGACGGCAACCGCCUAGGUUACCGCUUCGACCUCAUCCCUGACGGCGGCAUUGACGCCAUCACCCUCGCCAACUCCAGCAUCCCCACCAAGAACGGCGGGAAAUUCACCAUCGACGUCAACAGUGGGCCAACGCCAAUGACAAGCCCCAAUAACAGCUUCGACCUCAGCUCGGGGUCGGGUUCCGGGUCGGAUCUUGGCUCGGCGUUGGGUUCCGGGUCGUGGGCGCAUUUGUUGUACAGAGGGUUUGUGAUGUCGUCGACGGUGCAAGGCAACGGCAGGCCGGAGGUGGAAGUCGGGGUGCAACACGUGAGUUGCACGGAGGAUGCGGCGGCGUUCGUGGCGUUGGCAGCUGCGAUGGAUCUCAGCAUGGAUGCUUGCAGGCCGUUUUCAAGAAAGCUCCGCAAAGAGCUGCGCCAACCGGAUCUCGAAUAGGUCCGUACCCUCUUCAUUUCGGGUCGGAUCGGGUCUAUACCAUUUUGAAGUGUACAGUCAUCGGCAGCUAUUUGUUUUUUCUUCUUGAAUCAUUAUUUCCACUUUGUCAAUUCUUUUGUACAUGAACGAGAAAUUUUAAUUGAGCAACUAUUUCUUUGGAA